AUGGACUACAGUGUGUUUAAUCGGGAACAGGCGGAGGAUGAGGGUGAUAACGCCUCUGUGGACGAUAUAACCAGCGCUGCUGACGUUCUCAGACAGCAAGUCAGAUGUUGUGUCGGGUCAGGCUCUGUGGCGGCAGCAGUUCAGCACCGUGGCCUGGCUGCACAUGCUCAACAUGCACAGGAGAGGAAGGCCUUCAUUUACACUCUGGCCUUGUUCCUGGUGUUUGUUGCUGCAGUGCUCGUCCUUUCUCUGGCCACAGGAAACAUCCAGAUUCACUCCCCAGAACGUCAGUUUCUGCCCAUUUACCUCCUCAAACGGAACCAGGCGCCCCAGAGGUACGCCACCAGCCUCCUGGUUCAGAACAGCUCAGACUCUGAUAUUUCUGACUUCAUCCACAAUCUGGAGUCUCAGGACAUCAAGGUGGAGAUGAUGAAACACAGCGACUACAUGUCUGCAGCUCCCCACAGCGCCGCCAUCAACGUAACAGGAUCCAGCAAGGGUUUCAGUUACAGUAUUGCGUUCAACAGCACCACAGUUCACUCCUUGCCUAUGGCUGUCAAUAUACUAAGCAACACUCUCCUAAGAGGCCUGAAUGGCACUGGACAGAUCCGAACCUGGACCAAACCGUUUGAUUAUCAAAUCCCAGAUGCCACGUCCUUCGCUCUGGUGUACAUAGAGGCCAUCAUACUGGGAAUGCUGGCAGCUGGAAUGCCUGCAUAUUUCGCAAUGGACCACACACGAGACAGAGAGAUCAAGUGUCGCUCUACGCUGCGUAUCUCUGGUCUGGUACCGUCAGCCUACUGGUGCGGGCAGGCAGCUGUGGACAUCCCCUUCUACUACCUCAUCCUCUCCUGCAUGACCAUCAUCCUCUUCUCCUUCCACACUGAAGACCUGCUCUCUUCCAGCAACCUCACCGCUGUGGUCCUGUGUACUGUUGGCUUUGGUCCAGCCAUGAUCCUCUUCACUUAUGUGUUUUCUUUUGGCUUCGCUCGAGUCCAAAGCAACAGGGAUUUCUUCUCUGUCAUCUCCAUGAUGGUGUGUGUGGUGUCUGCCUCGCUGGUUCAGUUGUCAGUUGUGAACGACAACCUCGGACUGACCAGAAACCUGCACAACAUCCUAUGUUUCUUCAACCCGCUGUACCCUCUCAUGGGCUGCCUCAACUGCAUCACCAGGGCGACCUUCCUCCCCUCUCUGUACGAGGAUAGCUACUUAUGGAAAAACCUGCUCAUUGCGGUCAUAGCUCCCUAUCUCCAGUGCAUCCUGCUGCUGUUCCUGCUUCGUUGGCUGGAGAUCCAUUACGGAGGGAGGACAAUGAAAAACGAUCAGUUCUGCAGGAUCUCAUCCAAGUCAAAGCCCAAAGUGGAGAGGAACCCAGAAGAAGGGCUGAACGAGGAUGAGGAUGUUCAGAUGGAGAAGGCCAGAGUGAAGGAGGCCCUGACCUGCCAGUCCUGUGAAGAGAAGCCAGUGGUGGUUGUGAGUAACCUGAGGAAGCAGCACAAGGGCAGAAGAGAAGGUUUUUCUCUGAACAAGACGAGGAAAGUGGCCACAAAGAAUAUCUCCUUCUGUGUUCGCAAAGGCGAAGUUCUUGGACUGCUGGGCCCCAAUGGAGCAGGAAAGAGCACCAUCAUGCAUAUGUUGUCAGGUGACACUGACCCCACUGCAGGCCAGGUGCUGAUGGGGGACUACAGCACAGAGUUUCGUCAAGUGGACAAUCCUUUGGAACAUGUGGGCUACUGUCCACAGGUGAACCCUCUGUGGCCCAGGAUCACUCUGCAGGAGCACCUGGAGAUCUACGCUGCCAUCAAGGGCCUGAAAGGACAGGACGUACCGGCUAUCAUCAGACGUGUGGUGAACGCUCUGGAGCUAAAGGACCACUUGAACAAACAAGCCAAGACCCUGUCAGCAGGACUCAAGAGGAAGUUGUGCUUUGCCUUGAGUAUGAUUGGGAAUCCCCAGAUCGUCUUACUGGAUGAGCCGUCGUCAGGGAUGGACCCUAAGUCUAAACAGCGCAUGUGGAGGGCCAUGCGUGCCGCUUUCAAGAAUCGUCAGCGGGGAGCCAUCCUCACCACGCACUACAUGGAGGAGGCGGAGGCCGUCUGUGACCGCGUAGCUAUCAUGGUUUCCGGCCAGCUCAGAUGUAUCGGCUCCAUCCAACAUUUAAAAGGGAAAUACGGUCGAAGCUACAGUUUGGAGGUAAAACUCAGAGAGGAGCUGACGGGGCUCCAGCAGGUGGCGCUGUUGCACAAAGAGAUCCUCCGAAUCUUCCCUCACGCUGCCCGGCAGGAGAGCUUUGCUACUCUGAUGGUUUACAAGAUCCCCACGGAGGACGUCAGCUCACUGGCCAAGUCUUUCUCCCAGUUGGAGAGAGCCAAGCAAACCUUCAACUUUGAGGAGUACAACUUCUCCCAGUCGACGUUAGAGCAGGUGUUUAUGGAGUUUGCCAAGGAGCAGGAGAACGAGGAGGACGAGGUCGGCUCCCUGAGCACAACUUUUCAGUGGCAGCGUCUGCGCCAGGACGGCCCGGUUCCAGUCAACCACACGGACAGCAUCGUGCACCAGCUUUGA